AUGUCCAACAAUGGCGCCUACGUCGCGCCGCAGGUAAAGACAGGCACCUCAAAAUCCUCCAAAACCAUCUUUCAUUUCUCCGCCGGUCUCUGCUCCGGCCUCACAUCCUCCAUCCUCCUCCAACCCGCCGAUCUUCUCAAAACCAGAGUUCAACAAUCCCAGCAAUCCCUCCUCCCAACCCUCAAGGGCAUCCUAUCCUCCCAGAAUCCAAUCCGUGGAUUAUGGCGCGGCACGCUUCCCUCAGCACUCCGCACCGGCGUAGGCUCAGCUCUAUAUUUCACCAGUCUAAACUCUCUCCGUCAAGCCAUCGCCCAAUCCAACACCCCCCUCCUCGCAAGCCAAACCGUCACUCAAUCCUCCUCCGCUCUCCCUAAACUCUCUAACACCGCCAAUCUCGCCACGGGAGCCGUCGCCCGUGUCGCGGCAGGCUUCGUCAUGAUGCCCGUCACCGUCAUCAAAGUUCGUUAUGAGUCCGACUUCUACGCCUACCGCAGCCUCCUGGGCGCCACCCGGGACAUCUUGCGAACUGAAGGUUUCCGCGGCCUCUUCGCCGGGUUUGGUGCCACGGCGGCGCGGGACGCACCGUAUGCAGGCCUGUACGUGCUUAUCUACGAGCAGCUGAAACGACGGCUCGGAUCCAUGGCAGCCAAGGGCCCUAAUAAUAACACCGACGGGUCGCCGCAGGCCGUUUCCUCUUCGGGUAUACAUUUCGCGUCUGGAGCAUUGGCAGCUGGUACUGCUACUGCUAUUACCAACCCGUUUGAUGCGGUGAAAACUCGGCUGCAGCUAAUGCCGGCCAAGUAUGGUAAUAUGUUGCGUGCGGUGCGAUUGAUGGUGAAUGAAGAAGGCAUGCGCAGUCUUUUCGGUGGUCUGGGUCUUCGUAUGGCGCGGAAGGCGCUCAGCUCGGCGCUGGCGUGGACGGUGUACGAGGAGCUCAUUCUGCGUGCGGAAAAAAGAUGGGAGACAAACCAACAAAUACCAUUGAGCACUUGA